UCUUAAAAUCUCCUAACCAGAAAAUACCCUCCUCCUCCUCCUCCUCCUCCUCCCUCUCUCUCGAUGGAUAGCAGCCCGUGUCCUCUGGAUAAAGAGUUGUCGGAUCAAAUCGCCGCGCUUUUGGCACCUCCGUCUCCUCAAUCUAUUCAGGAGUACUAUGAUAAACUUAUUGAAGCAACAAAAUGUCAUGGUCUGAGAAUAAAGUACACCAACAAACAUGGAAAAGGUGUCUAUACAAAUUCGGAAUUUAAAGAAGGGGAGCUCAUAUUGAAGGAUCAAAUGCUAGUUGCUGCCCAGCACAGUUCUAAUAAGGUUGAUUGUCAUGUAUGUAGUUACUGCUUUCGCUUUAUUGGUUCGAUAGAACUUCAAAUUGGGAGGAAACUCUAUCUGCAAGGUUUGGGAUUAUCUACCAAAAAGGAAUGUGACUACGAGACCUUUUCUCAUUCUUCAAAUGGAAUGUGCCAAAAUGAGAUGGAGGAAGUAGGACAUUUUGUUAUGAAUGAAAGCGAUGAUAUGGGGUCAAGUUCUUCUAAGAAUCUUAAGGCUGAUCCUCUUCCUGAAGAUCUGCUAUUGUCACUUAUCAAUGAUGAACUGUCAUUGCCUUACACAAAGCAAUUUACUUUGCCUCCGGUAAUUGCUUGUCCUGGUGGGUGUGAAGAAGAACAUUAUUGCAGCAAAUUAUGUGCAGAUUCUGACUGGGAAUCAUUUCAUUCUCUGCUAUGUACCGGUCAGAAUACGGAACAGUCACGAAGGGCCUCACUUUUUAAGUUUAUAGAACAUGCUAACAGCACGAAUGACAUUUUUAUCCUUGCUGCCAAGGUGAUCUCGUAUAUAAUAUUGAAAUACAGGAAAUUGAAAAGUUCACAUCCUAUAAAGAAUGGAAAGCAACCUAGCCUUGAUAAAACAGAUGAGUUCAGUUUUUCUUUGCUUAGGGAAGCAUGGAAGCCAAUCUCAAUGGGGUUUAAGAAAAGGUGGUGGGAUUGCAUUGCCUUGCCCAAUGAUGUUGAUUCCUGUGAUGAAGCAUCAUUUAGAAUGCAAAUAAGAGAUCUAGCAUUUACUUCCCUAAAGCUUCUCAAGGAGGCCAUCUUCGAUGAUGAAUGUGCACCAUUAUUUUCGCUUGAAAUCUAUGGGCAUAUUAUUGGUAUGUUUGAGCUGAAUAAUCUUGACCUAGUUGUGGCAUCACCAGUGGAGGACUAUUUCAUAUAUAUUGAUGAUCUUCCAUGUAAAGAAAAGCAUCAUGCUAAAACGGUAGCAUGGCCCUUUCUAGAUGCUCUGGGUGAUGAAUAUGCAGUUUGUUGUCAAGGGACUGCAUUCUUCCCUUUGCAAAGCUGUAUGAAUCAUUCAUGCUGUCCAAAUGCUAAAGCAUUCAAAAGAGAUGAGGAUAGGGAUGGAUAUGCAGUAAUAAUUGCACUCCGACCCAUUUCCAUAGGAGAGGAGAUAACAAUUUCGUAUAUCGAUGAGGAUCUUCCAUAUGAUGAGAGACAAGUGCAACUGGCUGACUAUGGCUUCAGAUGCAGGUGCCCCAGGUGCCUACGAGAGCAAUCCUAAUCAUUGUCAUCAAAUUAGGAGGUGCUGACCGAUACUAUUAAGUAGAUCAACUGGAGACAGCUAACAAAUUGUUUAGCUGCUUUACUUGUAAUAUGGUUUGCCCUGUUUUCUAUUUAUUAUAUAUGUAUUGAACAUUACAAACAUAAAUUUCACAAAUCAUUGUCAGAGAGUUGAUUAAUGUAUCAAACCCAAGGUUGGCAUUUAGAGCUUUAUGAUGCAGUUGAUUUCCUAAUAAAUGAAGUUAUGUUUUCUCUGAUCA